CGCACCAACUAUUUUAUUUCUCUGUAUUUUUUCUUUCGCACUGUCAAGUAAUGAAUUCAGUUAUAAUGAACAAUAAAUGCAAGCCUAAACAAUUACAAUGUAUCGUAGAGGAGCUGAAAUUAUAAGUCUAAUUUUAAUUUGAUUGGGGAAAAUCGAACCGCUUCAUAUGAAACGGUUUUAAGCGAAACGUCCGAUAUGUAUUCAUCCGGGAACUAGCAAGAUGGCUGCGCCCAGUGGCCUUCCUGAAGGUGUCCACUUGUAGAAUAUGACAGAUGCUGUCAAUUUAAUGAUUACAUGACCAGCAGGACAAGAUGAUUCUUCUGCCAUCUAUUUGUAGACUGCAGACUUUGUGUACAAUGCGUUCCGUAAUUUUCCGAAGGCUCCAUAUACUAAGUAGGCUUGGUUCACAACAGAUUUGUGCAUCACAAUGUUUGACAAAGGCUAAACAUUUUGAAUCUGGUGUUUGUUUCUAUCCUCAACAAAAGAUUGGAUACCCAUGUUUUAGAGAUAUACGUUCCUUCUCAACAGAUCCAUUGUCCAAACCGGUGCAUGUGCUUGAUUCUGAUGACAAACUAAUACAGAAAAUGACACUAAAAAAGGCACAAAUAUUGGCACACAAAGAAGGCAAGAAAUUGUUUCGUGUUCCAAAUGAAGGAGCCAACAACACUGGUGAAUAUAAACUUUUAUCUGAAGCUGAUUUUCACAAAGAAAUUUCAAAAUAUAAAGUUGAAAAGAUGAAAGAAUUUAAUUUUGGAGUUAAUAUUGACAACAACCACUUGAGUACAAAACUACAAUUGAUUAAGCAACGUCUCCUUAGAGGUUCUGCUGUGAGAAUAGUGCUGUCUUCACAAGGAUAUGCAAAGGGACAAAAACGGCCUCUUGAAGGAAAACUGAAUGAAGAUGCUGAACGGGUCAUGGCUACAUGUGUGGAGUCGUUAAAUGACACUGCUAGGGUGACCAGGGUGGUGAAGGGAAGAAAGAGUUUCGUAAUGGAAUUUCAAAUCCAUAGCAACAUUAAAAACCGUCCACAGUAAAUCUAUGAAAUAACAAUUGUGAUUGAUACUAACUACAUGUGUGCAGAGAUACAGUGCAUACAAGAAUUGUGAUUAUAGGAGUGAAUAAAAACGUCAAUACAGCUGAACAUUGCAUUAUUACAUUUGUAUUUCAGAUACAAUCACUGAGGAGAAAGUACUAUUUGUACAGGUCGUGAGGACAUAUUGUCAUACCAUUUCUGACAAUAUCACCUAAUCUUGUUUUGAGUUAUUGGUACAUUAAUCGCCGAUAGCGUAUCCAUGAAUAUUCGCGGAGUGUAACACAAUCAGAAGCCUUGGCUAGCGAAGAUAUAAGGUACACUGCAUCGCAUUAAUCCUUGUCCUCGUCAGAUCUAAUCCAUCAAAAUGUUAUAUGAAAGUUGAGGCGAGUCAUUUGAAAGUUUUUUUUGUCUUUGACCUUAACUGUUGCUCGAAGGUAUUUUGUAAUUUCAAUCAAUUUUAGUUUGGUCCUUCAUUAACAUUGCAUCUUCUACAUUAUUUGACAUGACGACACAACAUUCUACACUGUCUAUGACCAUUGGGCACACAUGGCACAGACAGUACAGUUGUAAGGAAUGGAGGGUAGUUUCUGUCAAAUCUGGUUGCCUUCUGUAUGGCAUUGGUAGCUUAUCCGGAUAUAAAUUUUUCAAUUCAGUGGCUUCCUUCGACUUUCAAUGCAUUCAGUUUUUAUUCUAGGAACCAAAAACACCUUGCAAAAUCCAGAUAAAUUUGAAGUUUAUUUUUGUUAACAAUUUUUAAAUCCAAUCUGAAUUGCUGUCCUGAUGCUGGACAUCAUGGCAUUUGUCUGUUAUUUUUUUCUCCAAAAUAUGUUGUUAUAAUUAAAGAUAUUUAUCACUA